AGUGGGAAUAUUAACAGUGGGAAUGGGGAGAGAGGGAAUGGGGAGAGUGGGAAUUCAGAGAGUGGGAAUGGGGAGAGUGGGAAUGCCCAGAGCAAGAAUUCCCAGAGCGGGAAUUCCCAGAGCAGGAAUGCCCACAGUGGGAAUUCCCAGAGUAGAAAUUCCCAGAGCGGGAAUGCCCAGAGUAGAAAUUCCCAGAGCAGGAAUUCCCAGAGCGGGAAUUCCAAGGCGGAGCCCCCGGAGCCGGAUCCCGGAUCCUCCGGCACCGACCCCCAGGAACGCCGGGAAGGGACCAGCCCGGAGCUCCCAACGGAGCAGCCGCCCCCGGACGCCCCCGGACACGAUUCCGGGACCUGGAUCCGCCCCAGAUCCCUCGGGAACGUGCCGUGGGACAGGACGGACCCUCCGGACCCUCCGGACGCCUCCGACGUCAUCCGGGGGCUCAUCCGGGAGCUCUCGGACCUCAACCGCCUGGCCAUGGGGGCCCGCCGGGGGCUGGAGCUGCUCCGGAGGCCGAGGCCGCGCCGGGGCCGCCGGAGCCGCUGGAAGGAGCCGUAGGGACGCCUGGAAAACACCUGGAAAACACCUGGAACGGGCCUUUAUUCCGGGAAUAAACGCUCCUGCCACCAGGGAACGCCGGCCUGGGGGGGCAGGACCCCAGAAAUCCCCCCCCAGAGCUCUUGGGAAUGGCCCUUUAUUUGGGAAUAAACGCUCCUGCCACCAGGGAACGCCGGCCUGGGGGGCAGGACCCCAGAAACCCCCCCCAGAA